AUGUCACAUGACAGUGCUAUUGAUGACGCAGACAAGACCGCUUGUUGUUGCACGCACGCACCAGUGGCAUCGUGGAUACUUUACCUCGGCUCCUGGGAGUCUGGGAUUAUGUCGUGCAUUUUCGGCAAUGGUGCUUUAGAGCAUCCUGUCUUGCGGCAACCUUGCCCUCCUGCAUUAGAGGAUUCUGUUACCCCGGCCCCCGAGGACGUGCCGUGCAUACGUGUCAGGUCUGCCCCGUGCACACUCUUCGAGAAAUCCUUUUCUGCGAGGGCUGAUAUCUCUACCCAAGAUGAGGACGAUCACCUUUGGGUCCUAGCGGUCAACAAGUGGUGUUGCAUCUUUAGCUUAGCCCAGAGUGAUCCUGGACAGGUUGGUGAACAGGCUGCUCAGUGCUUGAUUGCAGAGGGUGAGUCGGCCAGGGACGAGUUGAUCCGGGAUGUCUUUGGCAUUAAAUCCCCUAGGACUGCCACUAAGCGUGCCAACUCUUUGCUUAGGUGCUUGAGGUGGCAUCUUAGAGAAAGGAGAGCUGCCUGGCCUUGGGACUGCGAUUCAUUUACCGACUUCGUCAAAUCCCUUGGUGUUGCUGCAAGUGCAGUGACAGGUCUCUUCGAAGCCAUGAACUUUGCACAUCAUGUUAUGGGCAUGCCGUUUUGCAAAGAGAUCCUUGAGGACCGCAGGUUGCAAGGCCGUGCUAAGAGACUCGAGGGCGACCGGGCAGAGGUGAAACAGCAGGAUCCUCUCAGUGUGGAGUGUGUUGCCAAACUGGAGAAGCUUGUGGCCAGCAACACUUUGUGUGAUGCAGACACUUAUGUGCUGGGAGGGAUUGUCUUCUGCCUGUAUAGCCGCUCGAGGUGGUCCGAUCUUAGAAAUCUGCUGUGCAUAUGGGUGGACUUUGAGAGUGAGGACCAUCUAUCUGGCUUUGUAGAAGCCAGGACCCGUGAUCACAAGACCAGCAAUACAGCACAGACAAAGAGGCGUGCGAUGCCUCUGGUAGCCCCGUUUCCCGGGGUUACCGAUGCAAACUGGGUGGGAGCCUGGUGGAAUGCCGGGCUUCGGCUGGGUGUGCAGUGGGACGCAGAUUCCUUUGGGCCUCUGGUUCGUGCCCCGGAUGCCGAGGGUCAGCUGUGCAAGAGACGGUGCACUUCAAGCGAAGCCGGUGAUAUGUUGUGCAACGCCUUGGAUCUGGAUGGAGACCAGAGGCGUACGUCGCAUGUCUUGAAGGGUACGACUUUGGCUUGGGUCGGCAAGCGUGGUUUUGGAGAGAGGGAUGGCCUACUUCUUGGUCACCAUGCUCCGGGCUCAGGCUCGUUGGCGUGCUACAGCCGAGAGUUGUUGAGCGCGCCCCUUCGCGCCUACAGGGCUAUGCUUGCGGAAAUCAGGACGAAUGUCUUCAGGCCAGAUAGCGGUGCCUUUGGCCUUGGAGCACAGCUAGAGCAAGAGCCAGUUGAAGAGGAGCAUCCGACUGAGGUGCCAGGAGAGCUUGAGCAUUAUUACGCGAACAAUUUGCCUCCAGAUUUACCGGAAUCCUCACAGGCAAGCGAGCGUGAUCGUGAUGAUGGCUCCUGGCAUCAUGUGGGGCAGCCGCUACACAAUGAUGGGGAGCAGGAGCCUGGAUCUGGGAGUGAAGUGCUUUUUCCUGAAUUGUUUGGGGAUGCUGCCCGUGAGACGGAGCUGGAGGGCUGUGACUCGAGUUCGUCUGAUUCGUCAUCGAGCUCUUGUUCUUCCAAUGCCAGUGAAACGGAGGAGCAAACUAUCACAGCGAGUGGGGUAUGCCAACCGUUUGAGAUCAAGGAGCCAUGCUGGCAACACGUCAAGUUGAAGAUGCUACAUCGCCCUCAAGGAGGGCAGGCGGCUUGCAAGACGAAGUGUGGAAGGCGCACUGCCAACGUGUACAGGUGGCUAGAUGGAUCCUACUUCAAGUGGCCCAGGUGUGCAGUUUGUUGGAAGGUGAGUGACAUUCGUCAGGCAUGCAACAUCAUAUGCUUUGUGUUUGACUUGGUCGCUAGUGUGUGCUCCUUAGUUGGCAUGGCUGCACUUUCGCUCUUGACCUCUACAGUGGCUGCCCUCGACAAGCAGUGUGAGCGAGCAGGCUUAUCAGCUCCGUGGGUUGAUGCCUUGAAAGCUGCAGGAGUCACGACCCUAGGGAAGCUCAGUUAUGCUGUGACGCUUCCGGGGAACCAGCCUUCGAGUGAUGACAUGGAUGCUUUCAUCGUAGCCCUCCGGCCGGGGGCCAGCAUCACCUUAGGAGACAGCUCCGCUUUGAAACAGCUCAUCUUUGAGGCUCAGACUAUGACAGUGGCUGAGCUGAGAUCGUCCAUGCAGGCUACGGACGAGGUGCCAAGGAAACUGCCGGCGUCAGAGCGCUCCAUGCGCAUUGAAGCUCAGAAGCGGCGUCUAUCCGGACUGCCAUUGGAAGGCCCGCUUGCCGUCGCCCAUUGUGUGUAUGACAAGAUAGCAACCAUGCGCGAGAAUGAUGAGCUAAAGUAUCUGGCCCCCAAUGAAUGCAUCACUCGGGACGCGGAGACGACAGCUGCCAUUACGCUUGAUAGCGACUUGGCCCUGUAUCAGGCGAUGAUGAGGCGCGCCUUAGCUAUGGACUUAGUGGGCCUCGCAUCCUAUGCAUGUGUGCAAAGAUGGAACGAGCGUCUCUUCCGUAUCAUGAGCCAAGACCCGCCUCCUGAAUUUCAGCGUGUUUCCCGUGCGCAAGUGCUACGGGCCGACCGACAGUGCUUCUUGGAGCUUGCUCGUGUGUGCAAUGGCAACUUGAAACCAGGUCCCGACGGUUCCCUUCCCCUCGAUAAGGAGUUUAAGAAGCUUGAGUUUAACACAACUGUGAUGUACUUCUUGCUGCCUGUGAAGGGCCGUGGCAACGGAGGGGGCAAAGCUGAUAAGGAGGGUAAGGGUCGUAAGCGCACAAAGACCACAAAUGACGAUGAGAGCCCGCGACCCGAUUCCCGAAGUUCUCAAGGGAAUGCACUCGAGAACGCCAGAUAA